AUGAAGAUCGCUACCAUCUCUGCCUUGCUGGCCUUGUCGGCCGUUGCCCAGGCUGCCCUUGUAAAAUUCAGCGUCAUUGCCCCUGACGCAGCCACUGUCGAGGUUCAAAUUGGCGGAAAGAACACUGCUUUAACGAAAUCCGACCCCAAUAUUCCACUCUACACCGGUCAGGCAGAGACCGGUGCCGAGACAAAGUACAAGUACGUCGCUGCUGGUCGCGCAGAGGCCUUUGACCGUACCGUCCCUACCACUGGCGCAACAUACAACGAGUUCUUGGAUCGUCCCAUCACAUAUGCCAACAUUCCCGAGCUCCCAUGGCCCAUUGAGAAGGAUCCUCAAUGGACCCGCGCAGCUCCCAAGCAGGCCAUCUUUGACGUCAACUACAUCCCCACCAUCUUCGCCAACGGACCCGCGGCUGACCUCGACUCCCUCAUCGCCACCCCUACCUCGACAAAGAUCCCCUGCACCAUCACCAUCGUCCUCGCCAACGAGGUCAAGGUUUUGAGCAAUGUCAACUUCGGUAUUCACGGCGCAGGCAAGAAGAAGAACAACUCCAAGCAGAGCUGGAACUUCCGUCUCGCUGCUGGUGAGACCUUUCAGGCCCGUAACUUCUUCAAGCUUCGUCAUCAGGAGGAGGACCCCACCCAGAUCCGUGAGAAGCUCUAUGCCGAUAUCGGUCGCGCCAUGGGAUCCUACACCAACGAGGCCAACAUGGCCCGUCUCUUCAUCAACGGCCAGGGCUUUGGAACCUUCAACCUCUUGGACGAUACCACGGAAUACUCCUAUGUCGACGCCAUGUUCUACGGUGGUAAGCCCCCAGCUCAGCACGGUGCCCUCUUCGACGGAGCCUCUGGAGCCUCCUUUGCCUACUCACCCACUGGCAGCGAGUACUACUCAUGGAUCGUCGCCUCCGUCAACCCCAUCGGUACACCAACCGAUGUUGGACCUCUCUGCGAGCUCUGGAGCAAGACCGUCAAGACCGACGAUGCCGCCGUCGCCAAGGUUGACGAGAUGUUGGAUUUGGAUCAGCACAUCCGCCUCAUGGUCCUCGAGUACCUCACCGGUAACUGGGACGGCUACUGGGAGCAGCAGACCAACGACGGUCUUUACCGCGACCCUUCCCAGAACAACAAAUGGUUCUACUUGGCCCAGGACUUUGAUGCCACUUUCGGUGUCAACAUCCCCACUGCCGACCCGGCCUUCCCCCAGUGGUCCUACACCAAGUACCCCGCUGCUUUCCCCGGCGCAGUCAUGAUCAACGGUCUCCUGGAGAACCCCACCCGCAAGGCUGCCUUCGAGUCCUACCUUAAGAAGACUGUCGAGGUCCUCUUCAACAACGUUACCCUCACCAACCGCAUCCUCAAGUACCACGAGUUCAUCCUCCCCGACCUUGCCUGGGACCGCAACAUUACCCAGCGCUCGCCCGGUAUCGACUAUGGCUGGACCUUCCCCCAGGUCACCCAGAAUUUGUGGGAGGGUGUCCAGUCGCCCCUCGCCACUGGCGGUGGAGCAACCAUUGGUUUGAUCGAGUGGAUCGUCACGAAGUCUAACGCCGUUGCCAAGGAGUUCUCGAUCACCGUCAGCCCCACCCCCGUUGGUCCCCCUACCACCGGAACCAGCCCCUCUACCGGCAGCGGUGGCAGCACUAGCCCCACCAACCCCAGCACUGGCAAGCCUUCCGGCGGAAGCGCUAGCAACGAGAGCAGCGCUGCCGGCCAUAUCCUCCCCCAGGUCUUUGCCACCCUUGCCUUGGUCGGUGGUUCGGCCCUUGCUCUCAUGGCAUAG